CAGCCAUGAGCCGCCAGCUGCAUCUUUACCAGGGCGGAGAGCGCCUGGCUUUCAGCGGCUGCUCCGCCGUCAUCUUGGGCCGGGUCAGCAGCAGCUCUGCUUCCUUCCGGCCUGGCGUCAAGGGCACGGCCACCUUUGGCAGCCGGAGCCUCUUCAGCCCGGGGAGCUGCCGGCGCCUGGCCCUGAGCACCGCUGCCGGGCGGGGCGGCUCUGCGCUGGGUGCCUGCGCCGCGGCCAGGGGACACGGCCGUCUGGGCGGCCUCGUGGGCACCGUCUUUGGCAGCACCGGGCUGGGGCCCGCGUGUCCAUCCGUGUGCCCGCCCAGCGGCAUCCCUCAAGUCACCGUCAACAAGAGCCUCCUGGCCCCGCUCAAUGUGGAGCUGGACCCUGAGAUCCAAAAGGUGCGCGCGCUGGAGCGGGAGCAGAUCAAGGCGCUGAACAACAAGUUUGCCUCCUUCAUCGACAAGGUGCGGUUCCUGGAGCAGCAGAACCAGGUACUGGAAACCAAGUGGGAGCUGCUGCAGCAGCUGGACCUGAACAACUGUAAGAACCACCUGGAGCACGUCUUUGAGGGCUACACCAGCAACCUGCGGAAGCAGCUGGAGGUGCUGUCCGGGGACAGGGUGAGGCUGGACUCGGAGCUGAGGAGCGUGCGGGACGUGGUGGAGGACUACAAGAAGAGGUACGAGGUGGAGAUUAACAGACGCACAGCUGCUGAGAACGAGUUUGUGGUGCUCAAGAAGGACGUGGACGCAGCCUACAUGAACAAGGCUGAGCUCCAGGCCAAGGUGGAUGCCUUGACAGAGGAGAUCAAAUUCUUCAAGUGCCUCUAUGAAGGGGAGAUCGCUCAGAUCCAGUCCCACAUCAGCGACACAUCUGUUGUCCUGUCCAUGGACAACAACCGGGACCUGGACCUGGACAGCAUCAUCACUGAGGUCCGCGCCCAGUACGAGGAGAUCGCCCUGAAGAGCAAGGCCGAGGCCGAGGCGCUGUACCAGACCAAGAUCCAGGAGCUGCAGGUCACGGCCGGCCAGCAUGGGGAUGACCUCAAACUCACCAAGGCUGAGAUCUCAGAUCUCAACCGGCUGAUCCAGAGGCUCCGCUCGGAGAUCGGGAACGUGAAGAAGCAGUGUUCCAACCUGGAGAUGGCCAUCGCCGACGCCGAGCAGAGGGGCGACUGUGCCCUGAAGGACGCCCGGGCCAAGCUCGAUGAGCUAGAGGCUGCCCUGCAUCAGUCCAAGGAGGAGCUGGCUCGGAUGCUGCGGGAGUACCAGGAGCUGAUGAGCACCAAGCUGGCCCUGGACGUGGAGAUCGCCACCUACCGCAAGCUGCUGGAGGGCGAGGAGUGCCGGAUGUCUGGUGAAUAUCCAAAUUCCGUGAGCAUCUCCGUCAUCAGCAACACCAGCCCCGGGGCAGGAGGGCCUGGCUUCAGCGUGGGCUUUGGCACCUCAAGUGGUUACAGCUACAAAGCCUCGGCGGUGGACGUCAAAACCAAAGGCAGCUGCGGAAGCGAGUUCAAGGCUCUCCCUGUUAAAACCUCGGGUGGCAGCUGUGCAACCAAAAAGGCCUCGAGAUGAAGGACAGGCGAUGGCUGGCUCUGUGAGCACAGAGCUGCAGACUCCAUCCGUUUCCUCCCGCUGUCCUCAUCUCCUCCCCUGGGUCCCCUUCCCAAGUCAGGAAAGCGCUUCUUCUGUAACCACAAUCCCAGUCCCACCCCCUCUUCCUGUUGUCCUCAGCCGGGCGGUGCUCUGGUGCAGGAGGUCCAGCCGUCAGCUCUCUUGGUGAGCUCUCCUCCUCGAUCACCUUUCAAUGGGUCCCUGCCUCCAAUGCAGAGAUAACACACAUACCCAGGAUGCUUCCCUGUGGCCAGGGGUCAGCCCCUCCGUACCUGUGCCUUUCUGCGUCUUCACAGCCAAGGGGCUCUCAUUGUCCUCUGACUGGGGUCAUGUCUAGGUCCUGCUUCCCCCACAAUAAAUGGUCAAU